AUGUCGAACCAGGCCGUGGGCAACGUUUACCAAUCCAUCAUCGAGGAGGUGAUUAACAGUUCACGAGUCGACUUUGAGGAGAGCGGUGUCGAAGAGUCGGUCCUGGAGGAACUGCGACAGGGAUGGCAGCAGAAGCUCUCUCAGCUCGAUGUAGCUCGUUUCCCAUGGGAUCCCAAGCCCGAACCGGCUCCGCCGGCUCAAGCUGCACCGCCUGUGCAAGCUCCUCCCAGCCAGAACCACACCCAGGCCCAGUUUUCGCCGCAAUUGUCGCUCCCAAACGCGGCCGCCGGCGAGGGUUUGGCGCAGAAUGGCACCAGGCAAGAGCCUGUCAUUAAGCAGGAAAGUCUUAAGCAGGAGCCAGGUGUCCAGAAUGUUCCAUCCUUCCCUGCGCUCAGUAACAUCGACAACAAGAAUGUGGCGGCCAGUAGAGCCGCCCAGCAGCUCCAGCUCCAGUAUGGCAUGAGAGCAGCCGGCUCCAUCAAUGCUAUCCAGAACUUGGGCCAGCAACAGCAGCCGUCAGACCAAGGAGGUCAGGGCGCGGGCCAGCCAGGCCAGGGCGGCCAACAGCAAGUCCCUGGUGGAGCAAACCCCGCUGGCCAUAUCAGCAACGGGCAGACGGACGGCGCCGGUGACGAUGCUGGCUUCGAAGCUGUUCUUAUGCAGCAGGGUCCUUCGGGCAAUCUCAACGAGCUUGGCAGGGUCGAAAUCGACCGCAUGCUCCAUGAGCAGAUUGCGGCCCGGGCCAAGGCCAUGGAAGGCGGUGGCCUGAUGCUGCCUCUCAAGGAGGCCACCAAGCAUCACACCGCGAAGUCCAAGGACGCCAAGGGCAAAGGCGUUGCUGGCUUUGAUGGCGGAGACGACGACGACGAAGUCGAUGAUGAGGAUGCCAUCAACUCGGAUCUCGAUGAUCCCGAGGAAGAUCGUGAGGACGAUGAAGUUGACGACGAAGGCCUGGGCCACAUCAUGCUCUGCAUGUAUGACAAGGUCCAACGGGUCAAGAACAAGUGGAAAUGCACUCUGAAGGACGGAGUGCUCACCGUCAACGGCAAGGAAUACGUCUUCCACAAGGCUACUGGCGAGUAUGAGUGGUAG